AUGUCUGCAGUUCUAAGACAAACCACGAGAGCCGCAGUGAGACUCGGCAGAAGAUCUGCAGCAGCCAACGCUGGCGCCCGUCUGGCCAGACACAACUCGACGGAGGCCAAGCCUGUGGACCCGAAAAUCGCACAAAUCGUGGACCAGAUUUCGACGCUGACGCUGUUGGAGACGUCGUAUCUGAUCCAGGAGCUCAAGACCAAGCUCAACAUCCCAGACAUUGCAUUCCCCGCCGCUGGGGCCGCUGCCCCAGCCCCUGCUGCCGCCGAGGCACAGGCCACGGAGGCCAAGGAGGAGGUGCAGGAGAAAACCAUCUUCAACGUGAGACUCGAGUCGUUCGACGCCAAGGCCAAGCCGAAAAUCAUCAAGGAGGUCAAAUCGCUGUUGGGGCUCUCUCUGGUCGAGUCGAAGAAAUUCGUUGAGGGCGCACCAAAGGUGAUCAAGGAGAACGUCAGCAAGGAAGACGCCGAGCAAAUGAAAGCUACACUCGAAGGCCUGGGCGCCAAGAUCGUCCUGGAGUGA